AUUUGGUUGGGUUCAGAUUUUUAUUGCAGUUUUCGCAAGCAAACAAAUGCAACACAACACAUCCAAAUUUGUUUGCAAACUUUACUUACACUGCCCACCGUCAACAGGACGAGGUACACAUUGUAACAUAACACAAAACCAGAGGCGGAUUUUGGCGAGAAGGUGAGAACACCAAAAAUGGUCAGCAGUCGUCAACAUGAUGCUCGUUGUUGUUGCAUAAUAAUAAGAGUGACCAGAAAGGUGAGAUUUUCUUGCUUGGGUCUGACUGAACAUGAGAAAAACUAGACUGAACCGGACCUGACUGGAGCCUGGAGACUCGUUGGCUGGAAUAAAUUCCAUUGAAUUUUAUUCUCAAAAUUUAUUUAUUAGUCAUUUAAGAAACGGACUUUACACCAGUCAAAAAAUGGAGACGGAUGUCAAGUCGACAGAUCGUGGGGUGGAAGGAGAAAUUAAGGAGACCCCGCAAAUUUCAAACGGAGCCACGCCUACUUCGCACCUUGCCCCAUCCAAUUUGCAGGCAGCUAUCAAUAAUUCACAGGCGGCCACGCCCACUUUACCCGCCGCCACGCCCACUUCACAAACCAAUAAUUCCCAAAAUACCACGCCCACUUCACCCCAGGCCACCCCCACUCCUAAAAUCACCCCUCCUCCCCCUCACCUUACCCUACCACCCCCCACUUCACCCCGCCUCCUAUUCCACUUCACCAAAACCUUCGUAUCCGUCAUGGAAUCGACCAUAUUCUCCUCCCAUCACCACCACCACGGAACGUCCUCCUCCCCCUCCUCCGAAGACGAGGCGGACGAAUACUGCGACGAUUUCUUCUACUCCCGCUACUCCUCCUAUCCCGCCCUAGACCCGUCUCACCGUACCCCAAUCUCCGAUGAGGAAUUCGCCUUCGAAAAAUACUUCCCCGCCGAUCAAAAACCAGCCCUGCGCGACAUCUUCAUCACCACAGCCUUUGAUCUUUUCACCUCGUAUGAAUACCAGCUGGUCAUUUUAGUCCGGGAAAAACGAAAAAUCGGAGAAAUCGGGGAAGACAUUGUGCACCGAAUCCUCGACAAUUUUAAAGAAUCCCAACGUGGCAUAAACCCCGAAUACGUCCGACCCGAAAUUACCCCCCAGUUAUUAAUCGAACUCGCCCUCCAGCACUCCGAACCGGAAGGGAUCACCUACAACUCUGAAUGGAGUGCCGUUGAAGUCCUGGAAAACCCGGGUAUCCUAAUCCCCGGUCAUCCCGGCUCCUUUUAUCGGUCCGAUUGGCAAAAAAACUUUAUCGGAGUGAAGAAAAAAAUCGGAUCAAAGUACGGUUUCCGGUUAAAAUUCGGGUUCGAAACGGAACUCAGUAUUCUUCGAUGGUUUGAAAAAGUCCCGAUUUCCGUGGUCUACCCGCCCUACGCUAGGUACGAGUAUGUCAUCGAUGACGCGGUGAAAACCCGGGUGAGAUCCGAGCUCGAAAAGGAGAUUGAACUGGAAGAGAAAAUGAAACGGUUUGGAAUUCGGUUUGGCGACGAGGAGCGGGAUUUGAAAGAUAAAGUUAAAGAGUUUCAGAUCAAGUUGCAAAUUCAGAGGCAGGAAGAGGACAGGAAUUCGGAUAAGGUGAUGAAGCAGGUCGUCGCGGAGGUGCAGCGGGGGCGGGAUGGGGGUAAAGUGAGAGAGAAAGUGGAGCGCUUAGAGGAGCGCGGGGUGAUUAAGAGGGAGGAGGUGGAAAAGGGGAGGGUUGGGUUGUUAAGGUGUAAUUACAAUGUGAGGUUUGAGGUUAAAGAGGGUUGUGGGGGGGAGGAGGAGGAGGCGUGGGGAAGGUGGGCGUAUGAGAGGAAGUGAAAAGGGGGGAUAUAUUUCGGGGGCAAAGUGAGACAAAAUUAGGGGAAAAUAUGGAGCGCGAAAAGUCGGAAAAUUUAAAUUAAUUAAAAAUCUUGGACGAUUAAGGAACAUUGAAAAUAAGAAAAAUAAUUAUUUUUUAAAUUUAGGAAAUUCACGCAGCCCUUGGUAACUUUGUAAUAUCCGUAAAAUUCGCAAAUUUACAAACGCUACGAAUAUUUCUAAGGGAAAUGUGCUUACUAAUUUUUUAAAGUUUGUUCAGAUCAAGGGCGUCUUUUUAUUUUGUAAAAGUUUGUAAAGUUAUUUUACAAAGCUCCACGGAUUUUACAAAGUUACCAAUUACUGCGUGAAUUGCCUAAUAUAUUUGGAGAAAAGUGAGACAAAAUUAGGGAAAAAUAUUUGGGGCGCGGAAACUCGUAAAAUUUAAAUUAAUUUAAAACUUGGAUAAAGUUGAGACGAGAAAAUUAAUUAUGUAUAACGUAAUUCACGUCAAUAUUUAUAGCUCAGUAAACUUUGCAAAUUUCGAAGCGUUUCUACGAAUUUGUAAAGGCGAAUAAAUAAAUUAUAAAAUUGCACAUGUCUCUUUUGUAAAAUAAUUGUACAGUUACAUAAAUUCAUUUAUGAUAAGUCCUGAAUGAAGGCCAAUUUUACAACGUUUACACAGAACUUAGGAGUAUCUACAUACGUGAUGCGUAACUGUAAGCGAGAACUGUAAAUUAAAAAAUUUGUAUUCAUGUGAAACUUUUAAGAGAGGCGGUAGAAAAAAUGUAAAAAUAUAGAAACGAAUUAUGGAUUUACUGUGAUUUGCACAUAAUUAGUUUAAAAAUAAACUUUUGUGAUCGAUAUUUAAAUAAAAUGGUCAGUCGUUGUAUUAAUUUUGGAAAA